UUUGAAACCUAAAAGAAUAAAACCCUCUCUUUCUCUCUCCUUAUCUCUCUCUCCCUCCCUCCCUCUCUCGGGCUCAGCCUUUGUGCCUCUCCCGAGAUCUGAUUGCCAAUCUGCCAUAGCUGAACCGUGUACAGAGAACCGAUUGCAUUGUUCGAAUCCGUACACAUAUCAGAAAAUCUUUUCUUUUGCUUAGAAGUGUUGAAAUCUCUAUGCCCAACUGAGUUUAAGCUCUGAACUCAUGGUGAGAGAGAAGACUGUCGAGUCCUUCUACACCAGGCUCCGCGAAUCGGCAACGGCGGCGUCUCAAUCUCAAUCUCCUCUUCUCAUAUUCCCAUCGACUUCGGAUGUGGAUUCUCUCUGUGCCCUCAAAAUCAUCUUCCAUGUCCUCGAAUCCGAUUCAGUCCGAUACGCCUGCUAUCCGGUCUCGUCGUUUCAAGAGAUUCACAAGUACGCAGGGCCCGAUCUGUGUUCUUCGUCCGAAAACCCAGUUUCAAUUCUCUUAAUCAAUUGGGGUUGCCACAGGGAUCUGAGGAAGCUCCUCAAUUUGGGGCCCAGGGCUCGUGUUUUUGUGGUUGAUAGUCACCGUCCGAUUCAUUUGCAUAACCUGAGUGAUCAGAACGAUCGCGUGGUUGUGCUCUAUACUUUGGAUGAUGAGAGGCAGACAGAUUUGGCAUAUGAUAUUGAGGAUGUUUCGGCUUUGGCUAAUGCCAGUGAUUUGAAUAGUGAUGACGAGCUGGAUCCCGAAUCGGACAGCGACAGUGAUGAAGAUGAGAAUGAUGACAGCCAAAGUGAGGAAGAAGAGGAAAAUGGAGAAGGGUCGAGAAAGAGAAGAAAGGUGUCUCAGGAAAAUGACCCAGUCAAGAUUUUUAGGGAACUGAAGAGGAAAUAUUAUCAUUUGGGUACUUUUCAUGGUAAGCCUUCAGGGUGUUUGAUGUAUGAUCUGUCACAUUCUUUGAGGAAGAACACAAAUGAGUUGCUUUGGUUGGCUUGUGUUUCGAUAACAGAUCAGUUUUUGCACGAGAGGUUAACAGAUGAGAGGUACCAAGCUGGGGUGAUGGAGCUUGAGCAGUAUAUUAAUAGUUCCGGGAAUUUGGAGGCAGUGACUACUGUGACUCUCAAAGAUGGGACGAAGAUUCGUGCACCCCAGUCGUCUAGAAUUACAUAUGAAGAUGAACCUAGACUAAUGCUGUUGCAGGAAUGGAAUUUAUUCGAUUCCAUGCUUUGCUCUUCGUACAUUGCAACUAAAUUGAAGACAUGGAGUGACAAUGGGAUGAAGAAGCUUAAACUUCUUCUUGCAAGGAUGGGAUUUUCGCUUGUGGAUUGCCAGCAGAAGUACAAGUACAUGGAUAAGGAAGUGAAACAGCUGAUGAAAGAGGAGUUCGAGCGGUUUUUACCCGAAUAUGGACUUACAGAUUUCUACUACAGGAGCUUUCUGCGGCUUCAUGGUUACAGAUCAAAGGUAUCUGCAGCAGAUGUGGUGUAUGGAGUUACAGCUCUGCUUGAAUCGUAUGUGACAUCAAAUGGUUCUUGUGCUUCCAAGGAGUUUGGGAUGGCUUAUGAUGCAUUGUCAUUGAGCAAUCUUGAUAAACUGAAAGCCGGAAUGCAACAAGCAAUUAAGAUACAGAGGGCAAUUCUUAGACAAGGAAGCAUGGCAAUAACCAAGAGAGGCUGUAUAAGAAGUGGAAGGAAAUUUAGGUGGGUGAAACUUGACGAUUCUUUAGACGCAAAAUUGUUGGGGUACCCUCAGGCAUUGACUAAAUUCUGCUAUUUCCUGAUGGAUGGUCUGAGAGAGAAGGGGGCUAGAAUGAAACCUCUGGUUUGUGCUUGCUUGGUACAAGAGCCGAAAAAGGUAUUGAUAGUUGGGGUUUGUGGGAAACCUCGACUCGGGGCAGUUCAAGGAAACGCAUUUGGAAUGGCAUUUAGAAAUGCAGCUCAGGAGAUUGGUGCAGAGUUCUUCCAUGAGUUGUUUGAGUCUUCAUGGAUUGUUCUGGAGGCGGCUAAAAUGAAUAGCUUUAUGGUGAGAUUGACAGAAGCUGUGAUGUAGAACUUUGUAAGAACAUAUCUAACUCAACCCUUUUUUGCUACUUUGGCAAAGGUUUGUGUCAUGUUUGAUCUGUAUCAAGAGAAAUGUAAUUGUCUUUUUUCUUUCUUUCUUUGAA